AUGAGGUCUUUGAGGAAAAUUCAUUCGGAAAAUCGUUUGAAUAUAAAUGAAAUGAAUAUCAACGAUAAGUCGUUGGAUUUUCACGAAACGAUUCGGUUUGCCUUGAUUAUGGCUCAGUGUUUUGGCAUUAUGCCUCUGCAUAAUUUAGGCAAAAAUGGUCAGGAUGUGAAUUUCAAGUUUUUAAGUUGGAGAUUAUUUUUUGCGAUUCUUCAUAUCGCUUGCGUUUCCUCUUUUGCUGUAGCUUGCGUUGUGAGAGCUGCUGUACAAGGAUUUCUGAUUGACCAAGCUGCAACAACAAGCUUCUAUAUUUUCAAUACAAUCACGUCGAUUCAUUUUGUAUAUCUUGCAAUGAAAUGGGACAGAUUAUUGAUGGAAUAUGCUCCCGAACACAUUUUAUUUAUUGUCACUCAUUUGUACCACAGUUUGGCUUGUGAAAAUUUCCAUUUACACCCAGCUGAAAUUUAUUUUGGUUGUGCUUUCCCAGAAUGGUUUACAUUGAUUGGAUAUUCACAUUGGACUGCAGCCUUAGCUGAGUUUUCAAAUAUUAUCAGUACGUUCACAUGGAAUUUCAUCGAUCUUUUCAUAAUUUUAAUUAGUAUUUCACUGCGAGAAAAGUUCAAUUUGAUAUCAAGAAGAAUUAAGCAAAAUCAGAGUCCUCCAAAUAAAUUUUGGAAAGAAAUUCGUGAAGAUUACUUCAGGGUUUCAUAUUUAACUAGAGUAGUUGACAAGCAAAUUGCUGGCCUUGUACUGAUUUCGUUCCUGAACAACAUAUUUUUCCUAUGCAUUCAACUUUAUAACAGUAUUAAAGAACGUGAGGCCCUAAUAGACAGCAUUUAUUUCUUUUACUCCUUCGGUUUCGUAGUAUUUCGUGUAGUUGCUGUCUCACUUUACUCAGCUACUUUGAAUGAAGCUGCAAGUAAACCACUAAAACAUUUAUACUCAUUGCCAACACAGUGCUACACUAUAGAUGUGAGCCGUCUAAUUACUCAAAUCAACUACUUGCCAAAUGGUAUAACCGGUCACGGAUUUUUCCUGAUAACGAAAAACUUUCUGCUUCAAGCUGCAGCCACUGUAGUCACGUUUGAGCUAAUGAUUUUCCAAUUUUCACCUGUUAAAACCGAACCAACUCAAAAUUAUUCAAAUAUUUCACUAUGUUUCUUGUUGAGAUUCUUAGAAAGUGUAAUACAAGUAAUUUACUUUUUCUAUUUGGCUUAUUCUUGGAAAACUAUAGUGCAAUAUUGGAAAAUUGUGGAAGCUGUAAUGAGACAUUACGAGGGCCCUCACAUGAACUUGAAAGGAACUUUGAGAAAAGUUAUGGCUUUUUUCAUAAUGGUUUUCUUAGUGGAGUAUCCAAUCCUUUCGAUUAUACACAAUAAAAGAUAUGGAACUGCUAUAAAUACACAUGAAAAUGAUAAUAUAUUUUUGAAAAUUACUUUUCACAUAGCCACGAUCCAAAGGGUGUUUAUUUGGUUUUAUAGAGAUGUUUUACUUAUAAUGAUAAGUAUGUGUUUAGUAGUGAGAUUAAAACAAAUUCAAGAGAAAAUUUCAUUUUUAAAUAAGUUAAGAAUAGAUAAUGUUCAAAUUUGGCGUUCUACAAGAGAAGACUACGUCAAAUUAAUACAUCUAUGUCGCAUAAUAAACAAAAAAAUCUCCUGGUUAAUAAUUAUUUCGUAUUUUGCAAAUGUUGAAUUUCUUCUAGAUGAAGGCUUUUUCAUAAUAGCCACGUCUCAAUCUUUUACAGUUUUUGAAAGAACUGCUCAUUUUUACACGAUCUCUACAACAAUAUUUAAAAUUGUGUUGGUGAGCUUCUAUGGUAGUUUACCUAAUAACGAAAAUGAUAAGAUAAUCGACUUACUAUUAUCUGUACAGUCUGAUAUUUUUAAUAAGGAGACCGAACGGUUUUUGAAUCAUGCUGCUUCUGGUGAAAUGAUGCUAAGAGGAAGCAAGUAUUUUAAUAUUACAAGAGGCCUCAUCUUGAAAGUAGCAAGUGUCUUAGUUACUUAUUUACUAGUUAUAAUGCAACUUGUUGAGAACUUCGAGCACAUUGAGUAG